AGGCAUCAGGCAUUAGGCAUUAGCCGGGCGCCAUGGUGUCGCCCGGCGCGGCCAAGAGGAAUCUGUAUGAUGUCAUGGGCGUGGCGCGGGAUGCCAGCCUCUCCGCCAUCCGGGCGGCUUAUCGGAAGCUGGCGGUGCAGCUGCAUCCCGACAAGGGCGGGGACCGGGAGGCCUUUGCGGAGCUGCAGGCGGCCUACGCCAUCCUCUGCAACGUUGCCUUGAGACAGCGGUACGACGAGACCGGGAAAACCGAUGUGCCGGACGAGGUGCGCAAGGGCCGGCGCUUCGACGACUCGGCGCACGUGCCCACUCCUCCCAAGGAGGAGCCGAAGUGCUGGAAGUGCAACUUGGCCCUGGCGGCCUCCGCGAAGUUCUGCCAGGAGUGCGGCGCGCCCCGCGAGGCGCCCGCGCCGAAGCCGAAGGAGGUUCCUGCCGGGAAGAACGUCAAGGUACAGCUUCCACCAGCGCUGCAGGCGCUCGUGGAGGGCAGGACCUUGGAGUCCGUGCCAGUGCCGGAUGAGUACGAGCACGAAGUGGCCCACAUCACGGUCACAGAGAAGGAUGGAAAGCGCACCUUGCGCCUGGUGGACACAUACCCCAUGAUCGAAAACUCCAGAUUGAUCGAAGGGCAAGUGCUGGUGCAGAUGCGGGCGGUGCCUCUCACGAUGUCAGACCUCAAUGCGGAGAACAGGUACAGCUGCGGGGACGUCUACGGCUGCCAAGGGAUCGGCCAAGUGCGGAUGGUUGGCCCGCGGGUGAGCCUGAAGCCAGGUGACUGGGUGCUUCCGCUGCAUGAUGUGGACGCAGAUGGCGAGAUAGACUUGGACGCGCUGCCUCCCGGCACCGGCCGUGUGCUGGGCGUUUGGAAAGCCGAGAGGUGCGCCAAGCUGGAAUUCUCAGCCGACUCGCCUUUGACCAUUGCGAACAUGGCAUUGGCGAAGUCCAUCGGGGCUGCUUGCUUGCUCGUCAAGGAGCAUACCAAGAAGCUCUCUGCUGGUGAUGGCAUCAUCCUGAAUUGUGCCAACGGUCUGGUGGGCCAAGUUCUGAUCCAACUCCUGGCGGCCAAAGGCUUCAAGGUCUACGCCGUGGUGCGGAAGCACUCGGGGGAGCAGUGGAUCAGGGAGAAGCUGCAGGGCCUUGGCGCGACGCGGGUCUUUCAGAUCCACGAGGACGUGCGGGAGAUCCUGGAGGAGGAGGGUGCGGCUUUGCCGCUGCUGGCGCUGGACGGUGUAGGCGGCCAGGGCACCAAUCAGCUGGUGCAGGAGGCCUCCAUCCUCAGACAGGCGCUGGCCAAGACAGCGGACCUGGUCUGCUUUGGGGUGGCUGGCGGGAACCACCAGGCGGUGACGCUGGCAGGAAAGAAGUGGAAGGGCAACCUCUUGCAGUUCAGUUUUGACGAGUGGCUCAGCAAGGAUGUCACGGGAAAUGCGAAACUUCUGAACGAGAUGCUCCUGGAUGUGACGCAGAUGGUGAAGCAGAACGCAAUGAAGUUCGUCAUCAAGGAGUACCCCACGGAGAGGUUCAACAUGGCAGUGCUGAACGCCCGCCAGAUCGGAAGGACCCACGCGGUGGUGAUGCAUCUGCCCAAGUUGCCGGAGAACCACCGGAAGUACACCGGGGAGGACAGCGUGGCGGUCCCCGACUCCCUGGACCCGGACGCCCAGCGAAAGUUGGGCCGCCGGAGUUGGGACCUCGACUUCCUGGACUGGGAGGCAGCCAAUGGCGACGAGGAGCACCAGUGGCGGGUGGACAAGGAGAGGAGGCUCUUUAGAUCAACGGUUUCACCGGAGGAGGGAGCCAUUCAGAAAUAUCAGGACACCUCCCCCACGCCCAUCGCCCAAGAGCUGGGCUGCCAUGCCGACAAGGCCCGGCAGGUCCUCUUCUGGCUGCCUGGAAGGGGGGAGAUUCCCCAGGAGCACGCGCACUGGCUGGAGUCGCUGUGCGAGACCCACCGGGAGCUGCGGGUCCUGAUUCUGGAGCCGCACCAGUUGGAGCAGGACCUCAAGUGGUACGACAUGACGGACAAUGAAGCUGUGCAGCUGGGCCUCCGUUUCAGCAUCGUAGACGAUGAGAGGAAUCCCGGCGGGGACUUGUCGCGAUCCCGUGGGGUGGCCAGCUUCGAGGUGCCCCUGCUGCCCAGCGAGAUCGACGCCCUGCAGCAGGUGGAGGUGGCUGCGACAGGGCUGAAGCGCCGGGCGCAACUGGAGGAGCAACGCCUGAAGCUCCGAAGUCACACCCUGCCCUUCUUCUUCGGAGGCUUCGGCCAGGGCGGUGUGGUGGCGCUCUACGCAGCAAUGUGCCUUAUGGAGAAGCCCAUCGAUGCGGUGGCCUUUUGCCACAGCGGCAUUCCAGCGGCAUCCAUGCUCGGCAAGCGCCUGACGCCUCAAGUCAGGACGCACACGAGAUUGCAUGCUGUCUACGACAAGGCCGACCAGGAGGUUCCAGCAUCCUUUCCAGAGACCAUUCACCAGAUGCUCUCGCUGGCGAGAUGCAAGGUGAGCCUCUACUGGCUGCAGAAUGGCGACGGCCACGAGUUCUUGCAGGAAGCCUCGCAGACCGUGGGCACCUGCGCCCACCUGUGGCUUCAAGGGAUGGAGAGGAGUCCGCUGGAUCCCUUCCGGUGAGAUGGUCAUUUUCUCCGCUUAGGGAGAGGGUUGCUUGGAAUCCCAUUUCGAUUUGGGGGGCGUCCAAGUUGGGUU